CAAACGCGUCGCGUCCGCACGUGAGGUACACCCUAACAUAUUACUACCCGCUCGCUUUGUUCUGAGUCUCAUCACCACUGACGAUGGCAGCGGCGAACGUCUCCCAGAUAUUGGCAGAUACUCUAAGUGCAGAUACAAAUACUAGGAUCGCUGCUGAACUCAAGCUUUCCGAGGUUCUGCUGCAUCAAGAGGCGGGUCUCGCCCUCGCCCAGCUUAUUUUAACACAGGAUGUGGAUAUCCCGCUCCGGCAGUCAGCCAGCAUCAUCCUCAGAAAAUAUGUCAAAGAACGAUGGUCUCCGUACUUUGAAUCGUUCAAGGGCAAUGCACCUUCAGUAGAGGUCAAAUCCCAAAUACGCCAUGCUGUCCUUCGAGGCUUAUCAGAUCCAAACCGGAAAAUUCGGUCUUUAUGUGCUCAUACAAUGUCAUAUAUUGGAAACUGCGAUUGGCCGGAUGAAUACCCUGAUUUACUCAACUCCCUCAUUGCUUUGAUUUCUUCAAGUUCUUCUGACUCUGUGCAUGGCGCGAUGCAGGUGUUCACCGAAUUCAUAAAAUCAGACCUUACCGAAGAUCAAAUAUUACCUGUAUUGCGACAGCUUCUUCCUGUCUUGCUUACUAUACUUGGAUCCACGGAGCAACAUACACCUCUGACUCGCGCACGAACCGUGUCCGUUUUUCGUCAAUGUGUGACAGCACUCUACAUGGUCAAAGAUCAACAUCCUCAAGCAGUGAAGGAAGCCGUUGCAACCAUUCUCCCGGUUUGGUUGGAGGCCUUCAAAGUCCUUCUUAACCUCAACCCUUUGGAGGAUGUAUCGAACCAGGACAACUGGGAUGGAUUGGCUGUCAGAAUCCAAGUCUUCAAGACACUGGAUGUUAUUCACACGUCUUUCCCUCGUGCCAUGACCUCUUACCUUCGUGGUUAUCUUGAUGCAUCCUUACGCCAUCUUCAGGUGAUGUUCGAAACAUAUGAUCUCUUCUACAUCUCGGGAUCCAGGAGCGCCCCUGGGUCAUCAGAGGAAGAGAUAGUGGAAUUUCCGCACCUUAUAUGCCCUUUGUUUGACUUCGUUUCGAAUGUCAUCAGAGGGGGGAAAGCAAAGGAUUGGCUUCAGGCGGAGAACUUGAAUGGUUUGGUCUCUGCGAUCUUCAAUUAUUCGCAGAUGACUGCGGAUGAUGAAGAGACGUGGGCGGCGGAUGCCAAUGCCUUCGUGGCACAUGAAGAAGAUGACACACAGACAUAUGGCGUCCGAGUCGCUGGCUUUGAGCUGCUUUACACUAUUCUCAACCGCUCUCCUGCCAAAAUCUGUGCUACCUUCCAGACUGUCAUUCAUCAGGUCAUUACAGCAUCACAGAGAGCACGAGAAACCGGAUCAACUGCUUGGUGGAAACCACUUGAAGCAUCCUUAGCCGCAAUUGGGUCCCAAUCCGAAGAUGUCCUCGAGUGCAUUGAAGAUGAACAGGAUUCCGGCCGAGCAAAACCUAUUGAUAUCGAGGACUUGCUUGCCAAUGUCGUUCCGUCGGUCUUAAAUCAGUCUGACUUUCCAUUCUUGCAAGGCAGAGGUUUUGUAUUCGCGAGUCAGUUUGCCAAGCUAUUGCCCUUACAGAUGGCUGGUCAGUACCUGGAAGCCGCUAUGCAUGUCAUCGAAUCAAAUUCUGCUGGGAUCCCCGUGAAGAUAUCUGCUGUUAAAGCUAUUCACAACUUCUGUGAAGGCGCGGAAGAGUCGGCCAUUACGCCCUUCGUGUCGCGGAUCGCACAGGACCUGGGCCCAUUCCUCCUGGUUACGACUGAGGACACGUUAUCCUUAGUUCUCGAGACGAUGUCGGUUGUUCUAGAUGUCAACCAGGGUCAAUGGCUCACCACUGACUUGUCUAAUUCUCUCGUGUUGGCGGUCCUGGAGGUCUGGGCGAAGAAUAACAAAGAUCCCAUUUUCCUGUCAAUUUUCACCGACAUAUUCACGUCGCUGGCCUCCUCGACCGGCACAGGAGUGUACGAAACCGUUGUCAAACAGGCGCUUCCCACUCUUUGUACUGCCAUCGCAGGUGCCAAAAUUCAAGAAGCCUGGAUAGCAGGGUCUGCCAUUGAUUUGAUCUCGAGCCUCGUUCGGGGCGCACCUGAAGGUGGACUUGGAGACGGCUUCUUCGCUCUCCUUGCCCCUAGCUUGUUCAACUGCCUUAGCGAAGCUGAGGAUCGUGAUGUCUUACAGAACGGCAUGGAGUGCCUUGCUUUGAUUGUCCGCAAAGAUUGCAGGCAAAUCCUAGAAUGGCGAGACCCAUCUGGCCAAUCCGGUCUCGAUCACGUUCUGAAAGUUAUCGCUCGGCUCCUGCAAAAUGACGAUGAAUCCGGUGGCUUGGUCAUUGGUGAUCUCAUUAUCCAUUUGCUGCGUCGUGCAGGCGAAGCUGUUCUGCCUGUGCUUCCGGGGCUUCUUCAAGCAAUGGUAUCACGGAUGCUAUCCGCCAAGACGGCCACUUUCAUUCAAAGUCUCGUCAUUCCAUUCGCGUUCCUCAUAUACAACCAACCGGACACAGUAUUGUACUUGCUGGAAUCGACUACCACGAAUGACAGGAAUGGUCUCGAUAUCCUCAUCCAAACGUGGUGUGAGAACGCAGAAACAUUCCAGGGCUUCUGGCAAUCGCGCAUCAGCACACUGGCGCUCACGAAAUUGUACGCUUCUGGUCGCCCAAGCCUGCAGUCAUUGAUGGUCAAGGGUGAUAUCAUCUUGAAGCCAGAGACGAAGAAUGUGAUUAUGACCCGGUCGCGAACGAAGACGACACCGCAUGAAUUCACAUCAGUGCCUUUCCCUGUCAAGGCACUUAAACUGCUUGUGCACGAUCUCCGAUCUGGGGGCGAUUCUGCGACAAUCCCCAAAGCUGAGUUUGAUGUGGAUUCGGAUGAUGGCGAUGAAGAAUGGACAGAAGAAGAACAGAAUCAGGGCUUCAAGCAAGAGGAAUUUGCCUUCCUCUCCGAGAUGCUAGGUCCCCGCGGCGUCAACUUUGAUAAUGAUGACCUUCUCGAGGAGACUGAUGAUGAGGACCUUAGAAAUGAUGCAAUCUCUCAGAUCGAUAUGCAGGCGCACUUGGUGUCAUUCUUCAAAGAAUGCGCAUCGCACAACGUCAACAACUUCUCGACAAGCGUGGAUCAAUUGUCGGCUGAGGAGAUCAUGGUUGUGCGCCAUGCUAUUGAUCAGCUGAGUUGGAUAGAGGGUUUCCUACUAUGAAAACAUAUUGUACACGCAACAAGAGCCUAUGUGAUGAUGGUAU